UCUCUAUUUAACCAAUCUUUCACGCCCCGUCGUCCAAUCCCUCCAGCAGCCCCAUCGUCUAGGGUUAGGGUUUGCAUCGUCGCCAAAAGCAAACAUUUUCUCUCUCUCUCUCUCUCUCUCUCUCGAGAACACCGAUCUUUUAUCCCUGCUCUAAUCAUGAUGCAGCAGCCUGCACCUGGACCCAUGGCUCAGCCACAACCACCAUCAAUGGUUCCACAGGCUCAACCACAGUACGGCUAUCAGCAACAGCCGCCGUAUCCGACGAUGAUGAUGCCCCAGCCUCCUCAGACGCAGGGUGCUGCUCAUCCCAUGUGGGCGCAACAGCAGCUGCCUGCUCAGCCGCAGCAAACGCAAUCUGGUCAACCCGAAGGUGGGGAUGAGAUCCGGACUCUUUGGAUCGGGGACUUGCAAUACUGGAUGGAUGAGAACUAUCUUUUGAGCUGCUUUCCUCAGACUGGAGAGGUUGUUUCCGUGAAAGUCAUCCGCAACAAGCAAACUGGUCAAAUAGAGGGUUAUGGCUUUAUUGAGUUUGUUUCACGUGCUGUUGCUGAAAGAAUUUUACAAACAUAUAAUGCAACGCCCAUGCCAAAUGGUGAACAGCUCUUCAGGCUGAACUGGGCAACUUUUAGUUCAGGGGAAAAGCGGGAUGAAACCCCUGAUUAUACAGUAUUUGUUGGGGACUUGGCGGCAGAUGUUACAGAUUAUAUGCUACAAGAGACUUUCAGGGCUCGCUAUACAUCAGUUAAGGGUGCAAAGGUUGUGAUUGAUAGGCUUACUGGACGGACAAAAGGUUAUGGAUUUGUUAAAUUUGCGGAUGAAAGCGAGCAAUUACGAGCCAUGACUGAGAUGAAUGGGGCUUUCUGUUCAACAAGGCCCAUGAGAAUUGGGCCUGCUACUAACAAGAAGACAGCUUCUGGUCAAAAAGAUUCAUAUCAGACUCCUCAAGUUCAAGGUGGGCAGAGUGAUAAUGAUCCAAAUAACACAACGAUCUUUGUUGGUGGUCUGGAUUCCAGUGUCACUGAUGAUAUUUUAAGGAGUGUUUUUAGCCAAUAUGGGGCAUUGCUACAUGUAAAGAUACCAGCAGGGAAAAGAUGUGGGUUUGUUCAAUUUGCUGAGAAACACUGCGCAGAGGAAGCAUUGCGAAUGCUAAAUGGAAUCCAGUUGGGAGGCCAAAAUGUCAGACUUUCUUGGGGUCGAAGUCCUUCAAACAAACAGCCACAGGCAGAUCCUAACCAAUGGUCCUAUGGGGGAUACCCACAACCACAGGGACAUGACUACUAUGGAUAUGCUGCCCAAGACCCUAACAUGUUCUAUGGAGGCUAUCCAGGCUACGGAAAUUAUCAGCAGCCACAGCAACAGCCACCAUCUCAGCCGCAGCAGCAGCAACAGCAGCCGCAGCAAAUGGGAUUUAGCUAUUAAUAUGCAAUUUUUGAGAGCUAUAUAUAUAUUCUAUGGCCAAUCUUUAUUGACUAAAGACUUAGAGCCGCCUUGAGUUUGUGCCUAUAGAAACAUAUGCUCAUAUCAGCAGUAGCUCGACUUAAAUUUAGUUGGUUUGUAUUGGGAAAUUGUGUUCGCAGGAGUUGUUAUAAACAAAAAAUAAUUAUUUUGUUGUUGCUUUAUAUUUUACCAAACAUCCUACCAUGCAGUAGUUAUCAUAUUGAGGCAUUUGAAAGUGAUACUGAGCCAAGUUCUCGAA